GGGCAUACCACGUGAUUGAGAUGGAGAUGAAUCGUUUGUUUCGCUCCGGGCAUUUCAUUGUUAAUAAAUCGGAAUAUUUAAAGUUCACUCCAGCAGAGCGCAAAUAUCGCGGCACAGAUCUACGCAUUGCCAAACUUGAGCUUGAGUAUAUCAUGCCCAGUCAACAGCUGCAUCUGAUUGACGUUACUCACGGCAUUAAAGGACACCCAAGGAAACUAUACGACACACUCCUCAACCUCAACUGGUUAGCGGUCCGCGAGGAGCACUACUCACUCGAGAAUGAUCCGUAUCACAUAUUGCGACAGCCCCAUCUGGAUCUAUCCAACAUUAACGAGUUGGAAGUACGAAAAAUGUCCGAGCACUAUGAACACCUCCUAAGUCUUCAUCGCAUCGAUCGCCCAAUGUCUGCAUUUGUGGACGUGAACAUUAUCGAAAAAUAUUUUAAAGCCGUUACUAAGCAUCGCAAGGAAUGAUAUACUAGUAGUCGGAUCCUCAGGCUCAGUUCAGUCACUCGUCAAGAGCAGCAAACUGAAGC